GUUGAACCAAUCUUGCUUUACAAAGCUAAAUAUUAGAACGCCGCUUCGCUUCCAUAAUUCCCGGCGAGUUUGUUUGUUCUUCACCGAUUCGACAGCCUUCGAUUAUUCCGGCGGAAAUGGUGAGGCCAGCGAGAGACGCCAUUCAGUCUUACAUGAGCAUCACCGGCGCUUCCGAGUCACUCGCCAUUCAGAGACUUGAGGAACAUGGCGAUAAUCUUACUGAAGCGAUCAAUUCUCACUUCAGGGAUGUGGAAAGGAGCAUUCUUGAUCCUGAUUCAAGCUUAGACAGUCGUCCAGAAUACAAUGUUGUGGAAGAUAACAAUCAGGUUCGUGGUAGCGAGUCUAGGCCAGUCCCAGGCGGACUUCCAUCUUUCCUCUCGGCUGCUCGGGCUUUUAGACCGUCGUUGCUUUUAGAUCCCAAUUACAGGAGAAAUAUCCUUAGGCAGAUCAGUGGCUCUGCUUCUUCUGGACAUCUCUCUCCAUCACCUCACACAGGAGAAGUCACAGGGUUUCCUGCGCACUCUACCUGGGGUAAUGAUCAGAUUCGUCCUCCUGGACAUGGAGAGAUUGGAGACAGUUAUUCCAGACAUAGGGAUGCUGAAUCACCUGUCUAUAGCGACGAUGCAGAAGAAGAAAUGAUCAGAGCUGCCAUUGAGGCUUCGAAGAAGGAUCUUCAAGAGGGUCGUCACAGCACAAGAUAUAGUCUGGACAAUAUGCAGGAUCCAUCCAGCGUUUUAUCUCCAAGAGAGGCUACUAACAGGGAAGACGAGGACAUUGCCCGUGCAAUUUCGAUGUCCUUAGAGAUGGAAGAGCAAGAGAGUGCGCUGCGAGAGCAACUAGCUGAACUUAUGCCUCGCUCCAUGGAGCAUCACGACCCAUGCCAAUCUAAUACAAAUGAAAGUAACAGAUAUAAGCCCGGGAGCUCUUCAGUGCAAGACAAGCGUGAAGACAUGAAACAAAAGCAGCCAAUUGAUACUAGCUCUCAGCAGGGGCAUGAUCUCCAGCAUGUUGAAUCUUCUUAUCCUGAAGAGUGGGGUGGCAUUCCAUCAAAAGAGCUACAGGAGGCAAUAAUGCUGGAAAAGGCACUCUUUAGUGGAGUAGCUAAAGAAAGUAAUAAUCAGCCUGGAAUUCACAUGGAGUCACAAUCUCCCGAUAACAGGGUCACUGGAGAGGAACCUGAGAGUUCUUCCAUUACGAACAAGGCAGCGCUUCCCAUCGAGCCAUCAGUCGAAAAUGAAGAUGCCAUCACUCUACUUGUUAGAAUGCCAGAUAGCAGCCGUCAUGGCCGUCGCUUUCUCAAAUCAGACAAACUUAAGUACCUUUUUGACUUCAUAGAUGCUCUUGGAUUAGUCAAAUCAGGCACAUAUAGAGUGGUUAGACCAUAUCCUCGACGUGCUUUCAGCAUUCAAGACGGUGCCUUAACUUUUGAGGAACUCAGUCUCACCAACAAACAAGAAGCGUUGUUUCUAGAACUAGUGAUGUAGCAAUGUAACCAGUUGAGUUCAGUGUACUGCAAGUCUGUAAGCGCUUUCUUAGCUAAUAGACCCGAUGCAUAGUCACAUGCUUUGUUGUAAAAUCUGUCGUUUAUUUGCUCACACUGAAUCUCCGGUUUGAAACAAUUAAUCGGAUGGUGUUUCUUCAAA